AUGUCGUUCUCAAGAUCCUCGAAGGACCUCCUCGCCCUCUCCCGUCAAUUGACGCGGGCACCUCGCCACAGCCAUGCUCCCCGCUGUGCAUCGCUGCGCGGAGCCUUUCCGGCGCACUCCAGAACGAUCGCCUCGUACACAGCGCCGUAUCAGGCCAGUGCGGUUUCGGUGAUACAGAGCAAUGUGGACGCGACGAGCGACGAGUUCAAAGAGAACGAGCGGCUCAUGGCGGAGGCCAUGACGAGGUUGGAGACGCUCACGCGGGCGGCCCAGCAGGGAGGCUCGGCCAAGGCGCGAGAGAAGCAUCUUGCACGGAAAAAGAUGCUGCCCAGAGACAGAGUCGCGGCCUUGAUUGAUCCGGGAACCACGUUCAUGGAGCUUUCCCCGCUGGCCGGCCACGAGCUGUACCCGGAAGCUGAUGUGCCCGCCGGUGGCAUCAUCACCGGAGUGGGUGUGGUCGAGGGUGUCACCUGCAUGAUUGUUGCCAACGACAGCACCGUCAAAGGCGGGACAUACUAUCCCAUCACGGUUAAGAAGCACUUGCGAGCGCAGGCCGUUGCCCAGGAGAACAAGCUGCCUUGUAUAUACCUGGUCGACUCUGGCGGCGCAAACCUUCCACACCAGUCCGACGUGUUUCCUGACCAGAAUCACUUUGGGCGCAUUUUCUACAACCAGGCUCGCAUGAGUUCGCAAGGCAUUCCCCAGGUUUCGGUGGUCAUGGGCUUGUGCACGGCGGGCGGGGCCUACGUGCCGGCAAUGAGCGACGAGAACAUCAUCGUCGAGAAGCAAGGACACAUCUUCCUGGCUGGACCACCGCUUGUAAAGGCUGCCACUGGCGAAGAGGUGUCCGCCGAGGAGCUUGGUGGCGGUGAGAUGCACACCUCUGUGUCGGGAGUUUCGGACUAUCUUGCUGUCAACGACGCGCAUGCCGUCGUCCUGGCGCGGAGAUGCAUCAGCAAUUUGAACUGGCCCAAGAAAGCUGCGCCGCCAGAGGCAUCUUAUUCCGAGCCUCUGUAUCCAGAGUCGGAACUGCUCGGCAUCGCGUCUACAAAUCUGCGAAAGCCUCUCCCGAUCCACGAGGUCAUUGCACGUAUCGUAGACGGAUCUCAUUUUUCCGAGUUCAAGCGCGAUUACGGCUCAACGCUCGUUACCGGCUUUGCCAGUAUAUACGGUCACAAGGUUGGUAUAGUGGCGAACAAUGGCAUCUUGUUUGGCACUUCUGCCCAGAAGGGUGCACACUUCAUUGAGCUCUGCGCCCAGCGAGGCAUCCCCCUCGUGUUCCUUCAGAACAUCAGCGGCUUCAUGGUGGGCAAGGAGGCCGAAAGAGACGGCAUCGCCAAACACGGCGCCAAACUGGUAACAGCAGUGGCUUGUGCUGACGUGCCCAAGUUCACCGUCGUGGUUGGCGGCAGCUACGGAGCAGGCAACUAUGGCAUGUGCGGAAGAGCAUACAGCCCGAGAUUCAUGUGGAUGUGGCCCAACGCCAAGAUAGGCGUCAUGGGAGGAGAGCAGCUGGCCAAUGUCAUGGAGACGGUGGGACAGAAGGCAGACCCAGAACUGAGGGAUAGGAUAGAGCGGGAGAGCGACGCUGUCUACUCAUCGGCGCGGCUCUGGGACGAUGGAGUGAUUCCGCCGCAGCACACACGAAGAUAUCUCGGCCUGGGUUUGAGGGCGGCACUGUCGGGUAAGAAUGAGGUGAAGCCCGGAGACACAAGGUUUGGAGUUUUCAGAAUGUAA